AUGCUGGCUCGGGUCAAACUAGAAAAGGGUUGCAAGUCAAGAGGGAUUAAACUUAGUGGAGCCUUGGCAGCUGCUGGUUUGAUUGCAGCACAUUCCACUAAAGACCUUUCUGAUCAUCAAAGGGAGAAGUAUGCUGUUGUAACCCUCAUUGACUGCCGCUCCAUUCUUGACCCUGUUCUCAGUAGCGAUUAUAUGGGAUUUUAUCACUCUGCCAUCCUAAAUACUCAUGACGUAAGUGGAGGUGAAAAUCUAUGGGAUCUAGCAAAAAGGUGCUACACGGCCUAUUCGAAUGCAAAGAACAAUAACAAGCAUUUCACGGACAUGGGUGACCUGAACUUCCUCAUGUGCAAGGCAAUCGAAAAUCCAGGAUUAACUCCGUCGUCAUCGUUGAGGACUGCCUUCAUAUCAGUAUUUGAGGACCCUGUCACUGAUGAUACUAACGAAAUGCAUGGAGAGGUGGGGGUAGAGGAUUAUGUGGGGUGCUCGUCAGUCCAUGGUGUGGGCCCUUCCGUCGCCAUAUUUGACACCAUACGAGAUGGACGGUUGGAUUGUGCUUGUGUGUAUCCAUCACCUUUGCAUUCAAGGGAUCAAAUGCAGAAGUUAAUUGAUGAUAUGAAGAAAAUUCUUGUUGAUGGUUGUGCCAAUGGGGAGAGUGAGAGCUAG